AUGUCAAAGAGUAUUACAAGAAACAGUGAUGUUUAUACAAGUGAAACAUUCAUAUUAAGUGAUGAUGGUGGAUGGUGUUGGUUUGAAUAUCCAGGUGCUCUUCAACAUGGUCCUCUGCUUCUGGUAGGAUCGGUUGCAUCAGGUGGUCAUGAUAAAAAACGUCAUGGUAAUAUUGAACUUCAUAUUCAUGAUUGUUCAACUCACAUUACAGAUCAUGUAAUAUUACAUGAACAAUUUGAAUUAGAUGAUCAUGAUGGACCUGCUUUACUUAUAAGACCUGAUGGUCGAUUGCUUAUUUUUUAUGCAAAACAUAGCACAGAGCCACAUAAUUACUCACGAAUUUCUCUUAUGAAUGAAAAUACUUUUCGUGAAUUUAGCCCAGUUCAACUUUAUACACCAUCACCAACUACCGAACUUACAUAUGCAAAUCUAUUUCUUCUUCCAAAUGAAUCGAACCGUAUUUAUAAUUUUUUUCGAGGUCUUGAUGGUUCCUACAAACCAUCCUAUAUGUAUUCAGAUGAUCUUGGUACAACUUGGCAUACUGGUAAUAUUUAUAUAAAUGUUCCAUCAGUACAAAAACAUCGACCAUAUGUACGAUAUAUAUCAAAUGAACAUGAUACAAUACAUAUGGUAUAUACAGAAGGACAUCCACGUAAUUAUGAUAAUAGUUUGUAUCAUAUUUAUUAUCGAGCUGGACAAUUAUAUCAAUCGAAUGGCACAAAAUUAUGUUCAUUACAAGUUGGACUCGAUUCACCGAAUCAAGGUACACAAAUUUAUCGUGGUGAUCCACAACAUGUUGCAUGGAUUGUUGAUCUUGUCUUAGAUAAUAAGGAUUAUCCAGUAUGUAUUUAUAGUGUUCAAUACAAUUCAGCAGGUCUUCCUGUAGGUCAAGGUGGUGAUGAUUUACGAUAUUUUUAUGCACGAUGGGAUGGUUCUAUAUGGCAUAAUUAUUUACUUGCUUAUGCUGGUUGCCGUCUUUAUGCUGGUGAAGAUGACUAUAGUGGUUUAGCUGCAAUUGAACCUGAUAAUCCAUCUAUUGUAUAUAUAUCGACAAACAGUGAUCCAUUGACAGGAAAUCCACUUAUUAGUCGUAACGAUGGACAACGUCAUUAUGAACUUUUUUGUGGCAAUACAAAUGAUAGUGGACAAACAUGGACAUGGACAGCACUGACCAGUGAUUCCAAUGCAGACAAUUUACGACCAAUGCGCCCGAGAUGCACAAACAAAACAAAUUCAAAUCGAUAUCGUGCAUUAGUAUGGUUAAGAGGCAAAUAUCUUGCUUUUACAGAUUAUUUACAGGAAGUUGUUGCACGUGUAUGGAAAAUAGAUGGCGAAGAAAAAGAAUGA